AUGGCGAGAACCAGGAAUGACCCAGAGGGGGGUGAAGCUGAUACUCCCAAGCAUCUCUCUGCAAUGGCCUCAGGGAAGGGGGGUGACCCGCGGGGACCCCGGGGCGGCGGCGGCCGCAGGAUGUCACAGGAGCCCAACUCAGAAGACCAGGUGGCAGAGGAGACAGAGGAGGUGUUUCGGAGCUACGCCUUCCACCGCUACCAGCAGGAGAGGGAGGAGAGAGGGGAGGAAAUGCCUGUGGACCCAGAGAUUGUGGAGAUCCAGCAGGAGCUGGGCAGCAUCGGGAGCCAGGUGGGGAAGCGUUUGGCCAUCAUCGGUGACGACAUCAACGAGCGGUACGACGCCGAGUUCCGCUACAUGCUGCAGUCCUUGCAGCCCACCAGGGAUAAUGCCUACGAGUACUUCACCAGAAUAGCCUCCAGCUUGUUUGAGAGCGGCAUCAACUGGGGGCGGGUGAUCGCGCUGCUGGGCUUCGGGUACCGCAUGGCCCUGCACGUCUACCAGCAGGGCAUCCCGGGCUUCCUGCGCAGGAUCGCCCGCUACGUCGCCGAGUUCAUGCUCCGCAACCGCAUCGCCCGCUGGAUCGCCCAGCAGGGAGGAUGGGUGGCUGCACUCGAUCUGGACAAUGUUUACAUGAAGUACAUGCUGGUGGUGGUGGCCCUGGUCAUGGUGGGGCACUUAGUGGUACGACGCUUCUUCAGGUCCUGA